AUGUCUUUUGAUAUACCGGUCACGGUCGAUUUAGAACUUUAUUAUAGAGAAGAAGCAGAAGAAGCAGAAGAAGCAGAAGAAGCAGAAGAAGAAGAAGAAGAAGCAAGAAAAGAAAGAGAAGAAAAGAAAGUAGAAAAGUACCUACUAGACAAACCAGAUACCCUCGACACCUCAGCCCUUACCAAAACAGAAGGUGGCUUACCUAGUAAUAUCUAG